AUGGUUCUCAAAUUCAUAUUAAUACAAAAUCGUCAGGGCAAGACGCGGUUAGCCAAAUGGUAUUCGCCGUAUUCUGAUUCUGAAAAGCUUAAACUAAAAGGCGAUGUUCACAGACUGGUAGCUUCGCGCGACCAGAAGUUUCAAAGCAACUUUGUGGAAUUUAAGGAGUCGCAAGUAAUAUACCGGCGGUACGCAGGGCUUUUUUUCUGUGUAUGUGUGGACGAGAUUGACAAUGAACUAUAUUAUCUUGAGGCCAUUCACUUGUUCGUGGAGGUCCUUGAUACAUACUUCCGCAACGUGUGCGAGCUGGAUCUCGUGUUUAACUUUUACAAGGUUUACACGAUUCUCGAUGAAGUUUUCUUGGCUGGUGAAAUUGAAGAGACGUCCAAGCAAGUGAUUCUGAGGCGGUUGGAAGAGUUAGACCGACUGGAGUAA